UUACUACUUACGAUAUACACAAAAAGAUAAUACAUAAUACAGAUGUCUUUUAUAACACUUGCUACCAUUCUUGUUUUUGUCUUCCCUUAUGUCGUUUUUGCAACCACAAGUAGCACCGAUGUUGAUGCUCCUAAGGCAUUCUUUGUAUUUGGUGACUCGUUGGUAGAUAAUGGAAACAACAAUUUCUUGAUCACAUCUGCACGGGCUGAUUCACCUCCUUAUGGGAUUGAUUAUCCCUCUCAUCGUCCAACUGGCCGUUUCUCUAAUGGCAAAAACAUCCCUGAUAUUAUAGGAGAACAUAUCGGGGUGGAUCCGCUAUUACCGUACUUGGAUCCAAAUCUCACCGGCAAAAAGUUGCUUAACGGUGCCAACUUUGCUUCUGCAGGGAUUGGACUUCUUAAUGAUACAGGAAUCCAAUUUGUGAACAUAAUUCGGAUGCCUUACCAAUUGGCUUUGUUUGAAAGAUACCAAGAACGAGUAGCUGCUUUAAUCGGUACAGAGAAAACCAAAAAGCUUGUUAAUGAGGCUAUCGUUUUGAUCACAUGUGGUGGCAACGAUUUUGUGAACAACUACUAUCUGGUGCCAAAUUCAUUCCGAUCGCUUCAAUAUAAACUCCCAGAUUAUGUCCGAUUACUUGUCACAGAAUACCAAAAGAUUUUAAUGAGGCUUUACGAAUUGGGAGCUCGAAAGGUACUAGUGACAGCGACUGGACCAUUGGGUUGUGCACCAUCCAUAAUUGCGGUGCGAAGCCAGAAAGGAGAAUGUGCAAAGGAGCUGCAACAGGCUGCGAACCUGUUUAACCCGCAGGUCACGGCAAUGAUCAGUUUGCUGAAUAAGAAAUUGGGCAAGGAUAUCUUUAUCUCUGUUGAAGCACAUCAUAUAUACCUCGAUUUCAUCAACAAACCAAAAACUUUUGGAUUUGAGGUGGUCAACAAAGCAUGUUGUGGACAAGGACCGUAUAAUGGGCUGGGUUUGUGCACCGCGUUUUCCAACUUGUGUCCCAACAGGAACGCAUAUGUGUACUGGGACGGUUACCACCCAUCCGAAAGGGCAAGCCGUCUCAUUGUGCAAGAAAUAUUCAACGGUUCCAAAUACGUGAACCCCAUGAACCUAAGCACCUUUAUGGCAAUGGACUCGAUGAAAGUAUAAUGGUGAUAUUCUAGCUAAAAUAUGUUACUUUUACUCGUACAAAAAAAAAUACGGGUGUAUUUAUGUUUUCUUAUCAAAACAAAUAAAUAUUAAAAUAUAUCAUAUGUGGCAAAAUAUUUCUAUAUGGCA